AUGGCUCCCGCCGUCGGUAUCGAUCUGGGUACCACGUACUCGUGCGUGGGUAUCUUCCGCGAAGAUCGCUGCGACAUCAUUGCCAAUGACCAGGGCAACCGAACCACUCCCUCCUUCGUUGCCUUCACCGACACAGAGCGCCUGAUUGGCGAUGCCGCCAAGAACCAGGUCGCCAUGAACCCCCACAACACCGUCUUCGACGCCAAGCGGUUGAUCGGCCGCAAGUUCAGCGACGCCGAGGUGCAGGCCGACAUGAAGCACUUUCCCUUCAAGAUCAUCGACAAGGGCGGCAAGCCCGUCAUCGAGGUCGAGUUCAAGGGCGAGCAGAAGACAUUUACCCCCGAGGAAAUCUCCUCCAUGGUCCUGACCAAGAUGCGCGAGACGGCCGAGAGCUACCUCGGUGGCACCGUCAACAACGCCGUCGUCACCGUCCCUGCCUACUUCAACGACAGCCAACGCCAGGCCACCAAGGAUGCCGGUCUCAUCGCCGGCCUCAAUGUCCUGCGUAUCAUCAACGAGCCUACUGCUGCUGCCAUUGCCUACGGCUUGGACAAGAAGGUUGAGGGCGAGCGCAACGUCCUCAUCUUCGACUUGGGCGGUGGCACCUUCGAUGUCUCCCUCCUGACCAUCGAGGAGGGCAUCUUCGAGGUCAAGUCCACGGCUGGUGACACCCACUUGGGUGGUGAGGACUUUGACAACCGCCUUGUCAACCACUUCUGCAACGAGUUCAAGCGCAAGCACAAGAAGGAUCUCUCCACCAAUGCCCGUGCUCUGCGUCGUCUGCGAACUGCUUGCGAGCGUGCCAAGCGUACCCUCUCCUCGUCUGCCCAGACCUCGAUUGAGAUUGACUCUCUGUUCGAGGGUAUCGACUUCUACACCUCCAUCACCCGGGCCCGCUUCGAGGAGCUCUGCCAGGAUCUCUUCCGCUCCACCAUCCAGCCCGUCGACCGCGUCCUUGCCGAUGCCAAGAUCGACAAGAGCCUGGUCCACGAGAUCGUCCUCGUCGGAGGCUCCACCCGCAUUCCCCGCAUCCAGAAGCUUAUCACCGACUACUUCAACGGCAAGGAGCCCAACAAGUCCAUCAACCCCGAUGAGGCUGUUGCCUACGGUGCUGCCGUUCAGGCUGCCAUCCUGUCUGGUGACACCUCGUCCAAGUCCACCAACGAGAUCCUGCUGCUCGACGUUGCACCUCUCUCGCUCGGCAUUGAGACCGCUGGUGGCAUGAUGACCAAGCUCAUUCCCCGCAACACCACCAUCCCCACCAAGAAGUCCGAGGUCUUCUCUACCUUCUCCGACAACCAGCCUGGUGUGCUCAUCCAGGUCUAUGAGGGUGAGCGUCAGCGCACCAAGGACAACAACCUGCUCGGCAAGUUCGAGCUCACCGGCAUCCCCCCUGCGCCUCGCGGUGUCCCGCAAAUUGAGGUCACCUUCGACCUGGACGCCAACGGCAUCAUGAACGUCUCUGCCGUCGAGAAGGGCACUGGCAAGUCCAACAAGAUUGUCAUUACCAACGACAAGGGCCGUCUGUCCAAGGAGGACAUUGAGCGCAUGCUGGCUGAUGCCGAGAAGUACAAGGAGGAGGAUGAGGCAGAGGGCCGUCGCGUUGCUGCCAAGAACGGUCUGGAGUCGUACGCCUACUCUCUGCGCAACACUCUGUCCGACCCCAAGGUCGAUGAGAAGAUCGAGGCCGGCGACAAGGAAACCCUUAAGACCGAGAUCGACAAGGUCGUUGCCUGGCUCGACGACAGCCAGCAGGCCACUCGUGAGGAGUACGAGGAGCACCAGAAGGAGCUGGAGGCCAUUGCCAACCCCAUCAUGAUGAAAUUCUACGGCUCUGGCGGCGAGGGUGCUGGCAUGCCCGGCGGCGCCCCUGGCGGCUUCCCCGGUGCCGGCGGCCCUGCCCCCGGAGCUGGCGGCGACGACGGUCCCACGGUCGAGGAGGUCGACUAA